GUAAAAAGUAGGACAAUGUUGCUCUUUGACAAGACGGUGGAGUAGAAGUAGUCUAUAAAGUACUAACAAACAAUAAAAAUAUUCAGUUAAGUACGCUACAUAAAAUUUUUACUUCAGUACGGUUCUUCAGUAAUGUAAUAUGUUACUCUAUUAGUUACUAUAUGUCACCAGCUGGCUACUGUUGACCUGUCAGUAUAGCAGCUGUUUACAAGUACGUCACUAUAGAAACCAUUACGUAGCUAGUACAGGAAAUAGAAUGCGUUAAGCAGAAACCGGAAGUAAGCGAUGUUAAAGCAACAAGUUGUCCAGCAGUAGUAGUAUUUGUAACAACAAAAAGUACAUCUUUAAGUCGAAAAUUCCAAUAUGGGAACUACGGCAAGUCAACUUGGGAAGGAUUUGCUCUCAGAAUAUCAAGAACUGACAUUCUUGACAAAACAAGAAAUUCUUCUGGCUCACAAGAGAUUCACUGAACUGCUCACCAAAGAUGAGAAAGACCUUCCAAAUACCAGAGUACCAAUGGAGAGGAUUCUUACUCUGCCAGAACUCAAGUCCAACCCAUUCAGGAGAAGAAUCUGCCAUGUAUUCUCAACAUGUGAAGAGAAAGAUGGAAGCCUCACGUUUGAGGACUUUCUGGAUCUUUUGAGUGCCUUCAGUGACUCUGCUACUCUGGAAAUCAAAUCCCACUAUGCAUUCCGUAUAUUUGACUUUGACGACGAUGGAACCCUUGACAGCGGAGAUCUGGAGAAGCUGGUUAACUGUCUGACCGGGGAGACAGAUGACACAAGACUAACUGCAGAGGAAAUGCGACAGCUCAUCAGCAAUAUUCUUGAAGAGUCAGACAUUGACAAGGAUGGAACCGUGAACCUCUCAGAGUUUCAGCAUGUCAUCUCAAGAUCACCUGAUUUUGUCAGUUCUUUCAAGAUUGUGCUGUGAAGACCUCUAGUGGGCUGUGGAAAUGCAUCACCCUUUAAUUCUGAUAUUAUAGUGUUUCAUUUUUGAUUAGAGAAAUUUUCACUAUUUGCCUUAAAUUAUAUUUACCUGUGGAUUUUAUCACCUUAACUGUUUUUAUGUAUUGUUUUUGAAAUUAAAUAACUCUUGUGAUUUUUAUUUUUAAAUAUAUGUAAGGAAAAUAAAAAAAUGUUUUAAAAAAGUA